UAAAAUGUACCUGUCUUUUUUCCCAGGUGUGCCUUUGGUGUACGAGUCAUUUAACUGGCGUCACGGUGUGUUUGUGGGUGCAGCCAUGAGAUCUGAAUCCACAGCUGCUGCUGAACACAAAGGUAAAGUAAUCAUGCAUGACCCCUUCGCCAUGCGUCCUUUCUUCGGUUACAACUUCGGUGACUACUUGGCCCACUGGUUGAGUAUGGAGACACGCAAGGGCCAGACCCAACUCCCCAAGAUCUUCCACGUCAACUGGUUCAGGAAAGAUCAGAAGACCGGCUCUUUCUUGUGGCCAGGGUUUGGAGAGAACGCCCGUGUCCUCGAGUGGAUCUUCAAACGAUGCGGCUGUACCAGUGAAGACGAGGCUGCCACCAAAAGCAUUGUGGGAUGGAUUCCACAAAACGGUGCCAUAAACACAGAAGGCCUAGGUGGAAAUAUCGAUAUGGGUGCCCUCUUUGACCUGCCCAAACCCUUCUGGCAGAAGGAAACACGGGAGCUUCGGACCUACCUCACCCAGCAGGUUGGAGCUGAUCUGCCCGCACAAGUGGAAGGAGAGCUGAGGGCGCUGGAGGAGAGAGUAAGGGAUUGAACAGACGCUACAUUACAUUGAUGUUGAGCAGAUGUGAAGAAUAGGAUGGGAUGAGGUGGAGGUAACUGUUUUAAUGUGACUGUUGCACUGCAGUGGAUGCUGCACCUGAGAAACACAAAACCAAAAAGUUCACAAGAUGCCAUCAGUGUUAUCAAUACUUAGGUGCCUUAUUUGAUCUUACAGUAGAAGCUAAAAACUCUAUUUAAUGUUUAUAAACUAUGUCCCAAAAUGCCUUUUAGAUUAUUUUACUAAAACAAGACCACAUUAUGAAUUUAAACCACAGCAUCUUCAAAAUAUAUAUAUAGUUUAAGAGUACACUACCUAAUAUCUGUUGAUUUUGAGCAAAGAUAUUAGACAUGUCUUCAAGGAGAGCACCAAUACGAUCAUUUUUUACUCGCCUAAUGAAAGCUGAAGUUUUAUUUCUAACGAUUUUGCCUUUUAUCAGUGGAAUUUGAUUGACAUGAAUCAGGUUGAGCUUGGGUUGAGCUUUCCGGACCAAAGAACACAGACAAGUCUCAGUCAUUGAAUGUGUGCAUGUUUUUACAUGAGCUAACUGAAUAAAUACAACUCUAAACCAAA